UCUCUUCAUCAGAAUGAACCAGAACUUCCGGACGGUGUUUUUGUUUCAGGGAGAACAUUCUAGCUUCAUGACUGAGUUCGAAAAGCGACAUCCCAGGAUGUUGGAUUCUCUAAAAGACCUGGAGGAGAAUGCUGUUCAGCUAGACAGGAUGAAUAAGGGGGCAAAGAUCUCCAGUGUGGCAGGCAGCUCAGUGGGGGCAGCUGGAGGUGUGCUUUCCAUCAUUGGUUUGGCAUUAAUUCCUGUAACAGCUGGAGUGUCUCUAGCUCUGACAAUGACUGGGGUGGGGAUGGGAAUUACCAGCGGAGUCAACAGUGCGGUCACCACUGCCACAGAGAUUGGUGUAAACCAUAAACAUCAAAAGAAAGCCAGUGAGAUCUUCCAGAGCUUCAUGGAGGAUGUGCAGAGUCUCCAGGUUUGUCUGGAAGAGGUCACCAAAAGGGAAACAAACCCGAUAGAUGUGGUUCUGGGAGUAGGCAAGGUGCUUUGUAAAGCUGGUAUUAUUGGAAAAGGUAUUGAUUCACUUGUUGAUGCUGCCUCAGCUAUUAAGGUGUUAAAAAGUGAAGAGCUGGCUGUAAGUGCUGGCAAAGUGGCCGUGCAGGAAGGGAAAGCGUUACGUAACGUGCCCAGGGUGGUGGCAGAUAUCCCCGAUAUUGGUCAGGCAGCAGUCAAAGGGCCUCUUGCCCUCUCCAAGUCGGCCAGGGCCGGGCUCAUCGGGCUCAAUGCUCUCUUCAUUGGCAUGGAUAUCUUCUUCAUCUGUAAAGACAGCAUCAGUCUGGCCAAAGGCAGCGAGACUGAAGUC